GACGCUGGGUUUUUGCAGUGCUGGGGAAGGCCAUACGUCAGAGUAGAGCCAUAAUGGCGGAGGCUGGCUGAAGAGGACGGGUUCUCUGUAAAGCGGCGCUGUUACCAUUUCUUCGCCCUUCGAAGAAAUCAGCAGUGCCUCAAAAUGGCCUGCAAUUCAAACACGGAAAUUGAAAAUGACAAUGAAAGUCUUAAAUCCAGUGGGAAUACUUCCGAGAACUGCAACGAUCAGAAGCAAUUGUUGUCAGAUAGUAUCUCGGCCACAUCCAGGCAAAAUGGCGAACAAGCUGGAUGUGAAGACGAGCAAAUGUCUGAACAAGAUGCGUCUGAGCGACGCAAGAGCGGGAUGAUGGAUUUCAAAACUAAUAGUGCUUCACCCUCUACACUUCAGAGGCCAGCAGAGGAGUUGCCAAGGAGAAAUUUUCAGAUUCCACGGAAGAUCAAGGAAAAGAAAGGUUUGUUCCAAAACCUUUCCCCGGAAUCCCGUGAAUUUGAUGAACUCAUAAAGCUGCUGUCCUCAUUCUACCUGGAGCCCAACUCGCGGGGGACCUUCACCUACACCAAAGCCCGCCUCAUUCACAAUGAGCUCCUGGAGAAAGAGUUCAUUGAGAAGAAGAGGGAGCUCAGGCAGAAUGGCAGGUCGGAUGCCGAGCUGGAGGAGACCUAUGGCUUUCUGCUGCCGGACAAAGACAAGGUCCAGACUAUCUGUGAGAAGGGCCUGUUCGUCGGACACUCCCGGGUCAACACGCUCGGCAGUCCUGCUAAAGGUGUCUAUCUGUCACGGUAUUCGGAUCUGCUGCAAAUGAAUCCAUUUGAGCCCGGAACAACUGGAGACAUAAUAGUGUUCAAGAUUAUGAAGGGUAAAUUAAAAACCAUAUAUGAAACUGGGCCAAAGAACAUUGUUGACCCAACGCAGAAGUUCGACUGCCAUGUGUCCAAGAACGGCAGCAAAGUGGCGUCCCUUUACUCCUACCGGGCCUUUGAACACACUCAGCAAUACCUGUUUGAGUUUGCCUUUGAGGAGCUGAAGUCUCGGCCCAGGCACGUGUACCCGUACGCAGUGCUGUCCUUCCAGUACCGAGGAAGAGACACGGGACCCUCUCUUAACAGGCUCAAUCAUCCCCUGAUUGACAGCAGCAGAGGUACGAGAGCAUCUAGGCGGAGGUACACUGUUUGGAGUGGGACUUUGGUGAACAAGGGAGAAGAGCUCUUCCAGAUCAGCGUCAGGUCCUCCAACCUCCCCCUACUGCCCUUUCGACUGCCUGACAGACUGGACAUCAACACAGCCAUGAACUUGGAUGAAAUGAAGAAGAAGCUACCAGCACUUUUGUCAUGGGACACUUUCUACGGCAAGCGGGAGGUGCUAAAGUAUGGCAUGUACUGCAGUCUAUUCGAAGUAGUAAGCCGAAGCAAACCUGGGAACCACAACCUAGCUGGAUUACUACAGAAGCUGGAGAGGGACAAAAUAGUUCUUGUAAAGCCUCUGUUGGACAAAGGAUUUCUCUUCCUGAUUUCAUCCACCCAAAUGCAAAUAUCGAACGAGAGAAGGAAUCGAAUGGAAAAAGGUUUACAUGCGCUCUUUAUAUUUCAAGACCCCCGGCUAAUUACCAGAUUCUCGUCUACGUGCGCGGCUCCUCCUCCGCGCGACCCGGCCGACGGCGUGGUCCUGCGUCGCCUGGAGCCCUUCCUCCCCGCGCUGCACCACGCCCUGCUGCGGCUGCGCGCGCACCCUCCCAAGGACCUGUCCAUCGCCGUGGAGCGGCAGGCCACCGACUACCUGAGCCAGCUACGCGACCGCAGCCGAGGCCCGCCGCAGCCCUUCCGCCUGCCCGAGUACCGGCAGCACCUGGACGAGCGGCCCGGCUACCCGGCAGGGCCUCGCCCGCGCUUCAGCACCGACACCCUGCGCUCCUACCUCCACGCCCCUUCCACCUACCAGCUUCCCACCGCCAAGGCCACCAGCCUGCUGAGCGGCGAGGGCCUGGUCCCGCGCAGACGACCGCCACCCCCUCCCAGCGUCUCUACAACAUCCACGUCGUCGUCCGCGGCGGCGGCGGCAGCCUCCUCUGCAGUGUCUCCAGCACCCUCGCCCAUGGGGGGCGCCGAGGACGAGCACAGCCCUGUGUCAGACUGGGGCAGCCAGGAGAGGGUGGCAGCGCCCGCCGCCACGGUGUCUGCGAGCGGCACGACCGCCCGGGCAGCACAGUCCAACGGCGGGAGCCAGAGGGCCUCGCUGCGCGCCUCUCUCGGCUUAGGAGGAGGGGGGCGUGAGGGCCGCGGGCCGCAGUACGAAAGGGACAAGAUGGAGAAGUUGCUGCAGCUGAUCCACAUGCACAAGCGGACACUACAGGAGGAGCGGGACGACGAUGACGACUCGUGGGCCUGGGACGCUGUCGGCCUGAAGAGGAGGCUGGAGGACGGCAGCAGCGGCCAGGCCAGCAAGUACCUGAGGACGGGCCUGCUGAGCAACGGGGAGCCAGGCAGAGCAUCUUGCAGCGAGGAGGCGGGCUCUGACGACAGCCAAUCGCUAUCCCUCUCCAUGGUGAUGGACAGCAUCGGCAUCUGUGACACGGACCUGCGGGAGCGUAUGGGCCAGAGCAGCAGCAGCAGCGGUGGUGGUGGCGGCAGCGGAGGAGACCCGUCUGUGCAGGAGACCCACCGGCUCCUCAAGCUGCUGAUGAGCAUGCUGAACCGGGCCAUAGUGCCGGGCGCCACGGGGGCCGCAGAGCUGGCCGCAGAGACCCUGGAGCGGGUGAGCGCUGAGGCCCUGGGGCUGGGACUGGACCAGGUCAGGAGCGAGACCUCGGAUCUGGACCUCAGGGCCAGGGCGAAGGAGGACGAGCCACCACCCGCGCAGGAAUACCUAGAGGACCAGACGGCGUGCAGCAUGAGCAGUAUGGACGUGUGCAGUCCGGCGUCCCCUGGGGAGCCCAUGCAGCUCCAUCAGCCUCCCCCCUCAGCCUCCUCCUCGUCCUCACAGCCACCCGAGCUCUGGAGCCAUCCCGACAAAGCUCCGCUGCCAGUAGUCCCUGACCCUCUGAGCGGCCCGGGCGCGGCAGCAGCGACGUCGGACCCCAGCACCUUGUGCCAGUCUCUGGACACUAUCAUCCAGGAUGAGUUCCAGUCUCUCUCCUCCCACAUCAAGCACCUGAUGGACAGCCAGGCGAUCAUGUACGCGCCCCCGGCCUCCGCCAAGCGGCCCGACGUCAAUGCGCGCGCCCUGCGGCCCGGAGCCUGCUUCUCCACCUUCGUGUCGCGCCACGUUAAGCCGCCGGCCAUCCAGUCCUACAUGAACACGCUGCGCGACCGCAUGGGACAUGUAGUCAGCCAGCCCUGGACUGCCCAGUCCAAGCCCCAUCCCAACGUGCCCUCGGCUUCUGCCUAUAGGGAGCACACCGGAGUCCCAUCAACGGUUGCAUCUAGCGCUGCUCAGACAUUUCCAUUUGCACCUGCUCCCACGUACGCCCCUUCAGGUACGGUAACGGUUAGCCCGGCCUCUACCGCGGCGGUCCCCUCGUCUGGUCUUCCUCCGCCGGGACCCAUCUCUGCUGCACCUCCAUUGGUCACCGCGGUCCACCUGUCUCCUAUCACCCCGCCGCAGGCUACUCCUUCCCCCGCGGCCUCCAUCGCCUCUGAGGCUGCUGCUCCUUCUUCUUCUUUGGGUCCCGCUGCUGCAGCCGUCACCACCCCUGUUAGCUCCUUCACCCCGCCGCCGGCCAAAACCGCCGAUCCGGCCCCCAGGAAGAAGUCUUCGAGCUCGUCCUCCAGUAGGCAUCAUCGCACGAAGGAGUCUCAUAAGAGUCACGCGUCAGAGAGGUCGGCCGAGGGCAAAUCGACGUCGUCCUCGGAAGGAUCCUCCACCCCGCUCACGGCGGCAGCUCUUGCCGCACAUCAGCAGCAGCAGCCGCAGCAAACGGUCACAGAUGCCUGCUCCUCCUACGCCGUAGCCCACCCCACCGACAGCAAGAGCGCGGCCAACAGCCUGAUCAGCCAGAUCAAGCCGGACAUCUUCCUCAGCCUGGUGCAGAUGGUGCAGAAGAACACACUCAAGUUCUACAUCCACGUCAGCGAUGAGGACGCACAGAACCAGCUCUGCACAGAGAUCAAGGAUUACUUGAAGAGUUUUGGCAAUGUGGAGUGCAACCCUCAGAGUUUCCUGGAGAACAACAACACCCUGGACAAGUUCCUAGUCAUCAUUCAGAACGAGGACAUAGCCAUGCAUGUCGAUAAGAUCCCAGCCCUGGUGUCUUUGAAGAAACUGCCCUCUGUGAGCUUUGCCGGCGUAGACAGCCUGGAUGACGUGAAGAACCGCACCUACAACGAGCUCUUUGUGUCCGGAGGCCUCAUAGUGUCCGAUGAACUGAUCCUCAACCCAGAGCUUAUGACGCUCGAUAAACUGCAGAGGCUGCUGAAGUUCCUGGAGGAGCAGAGUUCUAUUUGGCAAUGGAAGGUGCACUGCAAGACACAGAAGAAGCUGAAAGAGCUGAGCAGGUUAAACACCGACACCAUGAACAUGCUGAAUCUGCUGACGUUGUACCAGAAGAAGCACCUGGUGGAGUUCCUGCCAUACCACGAGUGUGACGCCCCCACCAGGAUGGCCCCGGACCUGGAGUGCCUUACCAAGCUGCAGGCCUCCCACACGCAGCACCGACACAUCAUCUUCCUCACAGCAUUACCUGGUAAGCGGAAACAUGAGAUGUGGCCCCAGUUCUCCAACCGUGGCAUCGUUGUAGCUUCCAUGCAGGAGGUCCUGGAGGACUUCACAGGCAUCCUCAGCUACACUCCCGACCAGAUGGAUCAGCCCGCACCCACAGCACCCACAGCACCCACACCUGCACCCCCCACAGCACCCCCUCCGUCAGCAGCAGAGAAGGACAGCGGCGCAAAUGAUGAAUGUGUCCAGGAGGAGGACAUGUCCUUGGACUCCGAGGACGAGACCACAGCCGUCAGCGCGCCGGACACGGCCACUACCACCACUACCACCACCACCACAGCUGUCGCCGCUGCCGCCACUGCUGCUGCCACUGCUGCCACUGCUGCCAAUAGCACCAACGAGCAGCCACCGCAGGAGCCGUCACCGAUGCAGCCACCGCCUCCACCCCAGGUGCAGGACUUCCAGCCCCCCAUCCCCCCUCUGCCAGAGAUGCCCCCCGUCCCGGAGAUGCCCCCGUUGCCGGACGCCGUGACAGCCCAGGGCAGCCCCAUGUCCUACGGCAGCAGCAGUAGCAGCAAGAUGGACUUCCCCUCCUCCUCCUCAGCCUUCGCCUCCUCAUCCUCUGGGCCCGAGCCGGUGGCCGACAGCCUGGCGUCCAGUUUCGGGGUGAACCCGCACCAGAGCUACUUGUGCCCGGGGCCCUCCCAGUGGAGCCCCUUCUCGGGCUUCUCGCUGCCUUCGCAGCCCUCGCCCGUCUACACGCCGUACCCCCACCAGUCCCCGACUGCGUCCCACGCCAGCCAGCCCCCCGUCCCGGCCGAAGAGCCCUCCUCUGGGGAUGUCACCCCCGCGGUCCCCCCGCCUCUGCCUGACUCGGAAGCCAACAACAUGGGGGUCCCUCCUACACAGACGACUGCUCCACCGAUGACCCAGAACUCCCAGGAUGGAAGUCAUGAGACGCAGGGCACAGCCAUGGAGCCAGCACUAGUUUCUUACCCCAUAAAGUCAGCCAUGGAGCCAGCACUCGUCUCCUACCCCAUUAAGCCAUCGAUGGAGCCUAUAGGCCUGCCCUCCUUACCCCCAGAGCCUACCAUCCCUCCCCCACCUCCCGGCCUUCACCUGGCCUAUGGUUACGGCUGGGGAGGCGACAUGACUGCUACACAGCAACAGUACGGCCACAUGGGUGAUAUGUCGCUUGUGGGCAUGGACGUAGGCAUGGCCGAGCCGACAGACGUCACUGGUGCCGCAGAGAGCAUGUGGGCGGUCGGGGACCUUUCAGGAUUGACGCCUCAAACAACACUCCCCCUGAACAUGCCCAUGUCCGUCUCUGCCACACCACCCGGCACCCCCUACCUCCAUUCUGGAGAAGCCAUGGGCAGCCCCAUGGCGGAGAAGAAUGGUGGCCUUACCCCUUCUAGCUCGGUAGGUCCCAACAGCCAGUACAUCAGGACUCCCUUGAGCUCGGGGCCCGAGAGCCAUCAGUCACCCGCUGGGAGAGGGGGCCUGGGGCCCCGCACCCUCCUAUCGCCCCCAGGGCCUGGCAUGGGACCGCAGGGUCGAGGUGGUGGUGGUGGGCCGCGACAUGGUAAUCACAUGGGCCCCGGGGGAUAUAACAACAGAGGGGGAAUGUCUGGUCCGUCGGACAUGGGCAUGCGUGGUGGGUUCAGGGGGAGAGCGGCUCCGCCUAUGCCCAGGGCGAUGAGCAGACCGCCCGCUCCCAUGAGGGGGCACAUGAGAGGGGGACCUCAGUCCCCCUGGGGUGCACCCGUCAGAGGCAUACCACCCGCCCCGCAUCAGCUACAGGACUAUUACUCUGACUACGGCUACAAUUAAAAGCACCCAGCGCCACGCCACGCAUGGCACACCCUCCCCGACAGAAACAAAGACAAGACAGACAGACUAACUACUGGCUGAAAGAAUGUACAUAUUUUGUGACUUUGUGAGCACAUUUUGGGGUUUCAAAGAAGGUCUGUGCAGACAAGGCGGAAGAUGCUCUGGAUUUUGUUUUUUUGUAUGGAUUUUGGAGGCCAAGGCCUGAAGAAACUUCCUGCUGUAAUCACGCCCGCUUUUCCUAGAUCCGAACGUUUCUUGGGGGGGAAAUAAAAAAAAUGAAACGUACCUUGUUCAGACCACUAUAUUUAUAUUUGCCAAGAAAUGUAACAGCCUUUCAAUGUCUUCAUUUUUGUUGCUUCUUUUUUGUUUUCUGAAUUUUUCAACAAAUAGAUGAAAAGGAUUAAAAAAAAAAUGGUUUGUGAACAAGGAAUUAAAAAUCAAGACUAUUUUUUAAAAAAAGAUUAAGUGAAAUGUUGGGUCACCUGUUUUAGCUUUUCUUUUUUUUACAUUCUUGGUUGUAAAAAAUGUCUAUUAAAACAAGGUUGUAUCAAAACUUA